AUGGGAAACGAGGAGGACCCUGAAUAUAACAUUCCAUUAAGUAUCCGGAAAGACAAAUGGAGUGCAGAAAUAAACUCUUUAAUGCGAAUGUCAGUUGAUCUCCUUCAGGACUUGAGUCCUCAGGUUGAGUUUACAUUGCCAAUGGUUCGAGAGUGGAACGAUGACCCUUGUGUUGAUGAUACCACCGAAAUCUAUGAAAUUGAAGAAAGUGACGAUGAUGAUUGUAUUGCCGAAGACCCCAUAAAGAAAAUUGCCGCAAGUGAGGCAGUUGAAAUCUUUAACAAGGCAUUGCAAUGGGCUGGAGAUGCAAUGGUUGAUCAAAGCGACAUGAGUGUACUUAGCCACUUAAGGGAGAAAGCAGUAUUUCAGCUAUUAGAAAGGAAAAAACAGCAGAAAAAGAUAUCGGAUCUUUUUAAUGAAUAAAUCUAAUGUGAAAUUUUAUUCGCAAUUUAAUAUGUAUGUUCAUAUCCAUGAACAUACUAAUGGCAAUAACAAAAUACUUUUACAUUUAAAUGUGUAAAAAUCCUGAAUUUAGCAAUUUGAAGUUAUUUUGCGUCUUCAAAUUCGACAAUCGCUAACGUGAACAUUUUCA